CUUAACUUUGCAUAAAAAUACACCAAAGAGGUUGAAAUCAACAUUUAUGCACACAGCUAUUAUGGCUUUGGUGGCCCCGCGUCUUCAAGUUUAACAUAAUUCAUUAUAUCAUCGUCGCUUUGUGUGCGUGAGUAGCCGGUGCGGUUGUCGGGGAGCACACGAGGAAGCAACAUGGAUGGCUGCCUUGUUCUGUGUCUGAUGGUGCUGGCGGGGUGUCUGGUGUUCAUUUCAUCAGGUGACGCCGCGAGGGGCAACGUUGGAGUGGCCUUGAACUCCAAGUCCAGUAACACCCGGUCCAGUAACACCCGAUCCACCACGAAGCGUAAGCAGAAGAGGGUGAAGGGGAAAGUCAAGUACCGGGAAGAGUUUCCAGAUGAACACGAACGCAAAAACACUGACAACGAACCCCGGCGCCACAAGGGCACCUACGGCUUGACCGCAGCGACUUGGGAGGCAGCCUUCAUGCGUGGCGACGUGUACAAUGGGGUGGCCUACUUCGACACCGUCCGCUACAACAACACCCCCGACACAAUGCCCACUAUCUGCCAGAACGUCGAUGUCUAUGACAACACCAACGCCAACGACAGCACGGACGUGUCUGACAACACGACGCAGCCAGUAUUGCCAGGUUUGUUCUACUGUCCAGGGGACGACGACGACGACGACAAAAACUUCUGCUGUGGCGACGAGGAAACGGAGUACUGUUGUGCCGGACCAGUGAAUAGUGAGUUCAGUCCUGUGGCGAUCGGCGCGUUGUUUGGGGGGAUCUUCCUCAUAGCGGGGAUUGCUGUAUUCUUCGUGUGGAGGAAGAAACGACAAGGUCAGCUAAAACUGGAGGAGAAAGUUCCGCCGCAGGAGAAAGCAGCAGAACCCAUGCUUGCUCCCAACACAGCAGUCCCUCAACAACUCGCAACCGGAGCUCCAGUUCAGUCUGUGGCAGCUCCGAUGCUCCCUCCCCAGGGUGCAACCGUACAACCACCAGGGUACGGACCCGCAGGUGCUUUGUACCCCCCUCCAGACCAGAAAGCACCCGCUGUUGCCUACCCCCCUCAACUACCCCCGGACCAACAAGGCUACCCCCCUCAGCCACCCCCAGGCCAACAAGUCUAUCCUCCACAACCACCCCCGGACCAGCAAGGCUACCCUCCACAACCACCCCCGGACCAGCAAGGCUACCCUCCACAGCCACCCCCGGACCAGGCAGCACCAUCAGAGCCCUACCCACCUGCAGCUGAAGGAACCCCAGCGGGAGACCCAUCCCCUCCACAGCAGCCGCCCAACGUUGCCUACCCACUAGCCCCCCAGGGAGUCCAGACAACCGCCAGUGUGCCGCCAGAGUCGUCGGACCCACCACCUCAGGCGGUAUAAAACGCCAUCAGCCUUGAGGACACCACGCCCUAGGGCAGGGCACAACACCACUACACCGGGAAUCAACCGGGGCGGUAGAUGGGACAUAACACCGAUUCUGUCUUCUCAUUAUUCAAAUGUGUUAGUGUUUCCAUUUUAAUUGUUUUAGCAGACUUCAGCCUCUUUGCUACUGAAGAAUCCUUUAUAUCUGUGAAUCCUCGUUGUUCCAGGGCGAUUUAUAUGGAGGAUCGAUGAUGAUGUUGAUGUGCUCAGGACAGGAUAUCACGCGCUUCAUUUUAUAUCUGUGAUAUUGGAUGUUUUUAUACAUACGUGGGCAUCGGUCUGUAUUAGUAGGGGCCCUGUGGUGGACACGCCUGGGCUUCAAAGGGCGUCUACCGACUAGGAAGUAGCCUGAGCUACCCCCUGUGGGUUCUCGGUCAUCUAUAUAUGGUGGCGGCCUCGCAGUGUUCUACACCACUUGUCAUUUGGGUGUGUUUUACCCGUCACUUUACAAAAUCAUUGUAGGGAGCAUAUAUACCAUUGCCAUGUUGUAUUACAUUAUAUGUCACAUUCAAUGCUGUUUUACGCCAAUAUCAUUUUCAUAUUCAAGUUCCUGAAUAUUCUAAAUAUUUAAUAAUGUUUUCACCAUAAUUGUAACUGAUACGUUUUGAAUACUGAACUGAUGUGAACUAAAUGCAACAUAACAGGCUGUACUUCUACGGGCGUGUUUUCAUUCAUGUUUUUGUCCCUGUAACA